GCCGGGGCUGGAAUUUGACACCGGACGGCGGCGGGCAGGAGGCUGCUGAGGGAUGGAGUUGGGCUCGGCCCCCAGACACGGCCCGCGGGCUCCACCAGCAGCAGGUCCCUCGGGCCCCAGCCCUCGCUGCGACUCGGGCUCGGAGCCCCACACCCGAGGCCACAGACCGGCUGCCAAGGCCACACUUCGGGCUAGAAGAGGUGCUGCCAGGUGCACAGCCCUGGGCAUGAGCCUUUUGAGCUGCGGGGGAAAGCCCAGCGCUGGUCCUUGGAACGGUGCCUAGGAGGACACGGCACCGACCCCCGUGCUGCUCGGAGCAGAGGGUCGGGGAGCAGGUCCACACACGCUGAUGGGAGCUCCUGGUGUUGUUGGAGAUGGAACUCGGACUCCGAGGCUCUUCGGCGCUGUCCCCCUGCCUCGUGCCUAGGCGGCAGCCUGCCCUGUGGCCCACCCUGGCCGCUCUGGCCCUGCUGAGCAGCGUCUCCGAGGCCUCCCUCGGCCCCGCCCCCCGCGAAAGUCCCGCGCCGGUCCUGGCGCCCCCCACCGGCCACCUGCCGGGGGGCCGCACUGCCAGUCCGUGCGGAGGAAGAGCCCGGCGGCCACAGCCCCCGCAGCCCGCGCCGCCGCCGCCCGCGCCGCCGCCGCCGCCACCACCCGCGCCUCCCCGUGGGGGCCGCGCGGCGCGCGCGGAGGCCCGGGGGAGCCGCGCGCAGGCCGCGGGCUCCAGGGGCUGCCGGCUGCGCUCGCAGCUGGUGCCGGUGCGCGCGCUGGGCCUGGGCCACAGCUCAGACGAGCUGGUGCGCUUCCGCUUCUGCAGCGGCUCGUGCCGCCGCGCGCGCUCCCCGCACGACCUCAGCCUGGCCAGCCUCCUGGGCGCCGGGGCCCUGCGGCCGCCGCCCGGCUCCCGGCCCGUCAGCCAGCCCUGCUGCCGGCCCACGCGCUACGAGGCCGUCUCCUUCAUGGACGUGAACAGCACCUGGAGGACUGUGGACCGCCUCUCCGCCACCGCCUGCGGCUGCCUGGGCUGA